AUGGAAAAGGAGUCGCCAUCAUCAAAGCAGCAGCCGCAGCAGGAGGAGGAAUCAAGCAGCCAAAUCUAUGAAGAUCUGUUGCCAGUAAUGGCUGAUAAGUUGGAUGUGGAUAGUUUUGUGAAUGAACUGUGUUGUGGGUUCAGGAUGUUAGCAGACCCCGCAACCGGGCUGAUCACCACCUCCAGCUUGCAGAAAAACUGUGGCUGCUUGGGUAUGGAAGAAAUGAGCUUGGAGGAUGCAGAGGCCAUGGUCAAAGAAGGGGAUCUUGAUGGGGAUGGUGCUUUGACUGAGACUGAGUUUUGUAUCUUAAUGGUCAGACUCAGCCCUGGUAUGAUGCAACAUGCUGAAACUUGGCUCCAGAAAGCUAUUGCCCCUGAGCUACAACAGCACCAGCACCACCACCAGCCCGCUGAUGCUUAA